AUGUACAACCCCAAGAAACUUGAUGAUAUCGAAAAUUACAUUCUGCGAAUAAAAAAGGGUUUAAUGACGUUUGAUAUAAAUAAGGAUGACAUAACGGACAUGGCCAUAGAAAUGUCAUCGCUGGGAAAUAUGGUGAUGGAUGUUGAGGAGCACAGCGUUGAGCUGACAGACGAAAAGGACCAGGAGAGAUUCUUUGUGUACAAGAAAACUUUAAAUGAGCUGCGCGACCAGUUGAACGAACUGAACAAGCAGAGAAUAUCGAGCGCUAGCUUUGAAGAAGUGAGUCGCUACGACGAAACGGGCGAUGAACAGUUGAGUGAGAGCCAGCGGUUUUACAAACGUGGGAACGAAAAGCUUGAUAGCUUGAUUUCCGAUGCUGUCAGCAAUCUCGACAGCCUGUGUAAACAGAAGAGAAUCAUAAAUAAAACGAGAAAUACCCUUUUGAGGGGAAAAGAUAGAAUAGGGGAUGGUAUACAAGUGCUCAAAUCAAUAAGUGAUAGAUAUUUGAAUGAUUAUUAUGUUUUUAUAAUUGGUGUUGCUGUUAUUGUGUUCUUUAUCGUAGUGGUGAAGGUUGUUUUAUAAAAUUGUGCAGAGGUGUUUUUUGGCUGAAAACCGGUGA